AUGGACCCCAAAAACACCCAACUCCGAAUCUUCUUCUUCCCCUUCAUGGCUCAAGGCCACACAAUCCCCGCCAUAGACAUGGCGAAGUUAUUCGCCUCUCGCGGUGCCGAUGUCGCCAUUAUCACAACCCGUGUCAACGCCCCUCUAAUCGCUAAAUCAAUCAACAAAUUUGAUCGUCCAGGCCGGAAAAUCGAGCUUCUGAUCAUCGAUUUCCCUUCCGUGGCUGUCGGAUUGCCGGACGGUUGUGAGAGUCUCGAUUUAGCUAGGUCACCGGAAAUGUUCCAGAGUUUUUUUAGGGCAACCACCAUGUUGGAGCCUCAAAUCGAUCAGAUUCUCGAUCAUCAUCGUCCUCACUGCCUCGUUGCCGAUACAUUCUUUCCAUGGACGACUGAUUUGGCUGCAAAGUACGGGAUUCCUAGGGUUGUGUUUCAUGGAACUUGUUUUUUUGCUCUGUGUGCGGCGGCGAGUUUAAUCGCGAAUCGGCCUUACCAGAAGGUAUCAUCGGAUUUAGAACCUUUUGUAAUCCCUGGUUUGCCUGAUGAAAUCAAGUUGACUCGUAGUCAAGUGCCGGGGUUUUUGAAAGAAGAGGUUGAAACGGAUUUCAUUAAGCUUUAUUGGGCGAGUAAAGAAGUUGAAUCCAGAUGUUAUGGGUUUCUUAUCAAUAGUUUCUAUGAGCUUGAACCAGCUUAUGCUGAUUAUUACAGGAGUGUUCUAGGGAGAAGGGCUUGGCAUAUUGGUCCCCUUUCGCUGUACAGUGACUUUGAGGAAGAUAAUGUACAGAGGGGAUCUUCUUCCUCCAUUGAUGAGGAUCAAUGCUUAAAAUGGUUGGAUUCUAAGAACCCUGAUUCGGUUCUCUAUGUAAGUUUUGGUUCUCUUGCCAGUUUAACCAAUUCUCAGCUGCUGGAAAUUGCCAAGGGCCUUGAAGCUACAGGGCAAAACUUCAUUUGGGUUGUGAAGAAAGCAAAAGGCGAUGAAGAAGAGUGGUUGCCUGAAGGAUUUGAGAAGAGAGUAGAAGGGAAAGGACUGAUCAUCAGAGGCUGGGCACCGCAAGUUCUGAUUCUUGAUCACCGGUCUAUUGGUGGGUUUGUGACUCACUGUGGCUGGAACUCUGCUUUGGAGGGAGUCACUGCUGGCGUGCCGAUGGUCACAUGGCCAAAUUCUGCUGAACAAUUCUACAAUGAGAAGCUGCUAACUGAUGUCCUGCAAAUUGGGGUCGGUGUUGGUGCUUUGUAUUGGGGCAGAGCUGGGAAAGAUGAGAUAAAGAGUGAGGCUAUAGAGAAGGCAGUCAACCGAGUUAUGGUGGGUGAAGAAGCUGAAGGAAUGAGAAGCAGAGCAAAAGCACUUGGAAUUCAGGCAAGGAAAGCCAUCAAAGAAGGCGGAUCAUCUUCCUCUGAUUUGAAUGCUUUCUUUGAAGAUCUGAGGUCUCGGGUUUGAAAGUUUUCGUUCAAAAAUGUGUGCAAGGAAGUUUCUGAAUCUUCUUAUUAUAUCCUUACAGUAAUUGAAGGGUUAGAUGAAUAACUGGUGAUUCCUUAACCAGAAAUAUCUAUACAUAUGAAGAUUACUAGGAGCAUUUGAGGCAUGUUGGGAGCCAUUUGUGGGGUCUUGAGUCUUUAACAAUCUAUAAUGGUUCAGUCAACGUGGGUCAUUAAUCCCCUCUUGUUCUAUUACCAUUUACCAGAUAUAAUACAAUAUACAUCUCCAUACAUAAACACUCAAAUUUAUGUUAAUUUGAGCUCCAUCUUCGACAUAUACAUUGUACAACUACCACAGAAAUCAAUGUCUAGUUUUUUUUCUACGAUUA